AGGUACUUCCUUUCCGUUCCCAUCCUGUCGGGAGCGCGAGAUAUGACGUAAGUCACUUGCCGCGCAGUGAUGAUGGCGGUACGUGAACGCGCAGUAAAAGUAAUGGCUGCUCUGGAACGGCGGGUGCCUAGUCUCGAUGAUUUCGUGGGGCAAAGCUGGAGUGCCUGGGCCGAAAGAGCCGGUGUGACCGCAUCGGAAGGGCACGAAGUGGAAGACUGCAACAAGAAUGGAAAGAAAGCUGCCGAGGCCAUGUCACUCCGGAAGGAGGACAUGUCCAUUUUUGGCCACUAUCCGGGUCAGGACGAUUUCUACCUGGUGAUGUGCAGCCACUGUGGCCAGGUGGUCAAGCCCCAGGCCUUUGAGAAGCACUGUGAGAGGCGACACGGACACCUGGGCAAGCUCUACGCUCGCCUCCGCUCCCCGCCGCCAGCCCAACAGCAGCGGCCCCGCCAUGGCCACUCCCCGUCGUCCGCCCACACCAACUCGGCCUCCUCCUCUUCCUGGGACGGGCGGAACCAGGGGUCGGGGCCGCCUCGGGCAGCUCCGCCCUCCCCGUCCACCCCCCCUCAAUACAGACACUCCAAGACUGGCAAGGAGGGAGUUCGCCACUCCCCUCUGGACAAGUCCUCCCACGGCAGCCAAUCGGAGUCCCCCAUCUUCAAGCAGCCCCCGCCUCUUGAGCCCCCGCUAAGCACCCCGCCCCCCUCCCUCAGAGACCCUCCCUGGCCACACGGGGGCACUCCGCCUGGACGACCCUCUCCCAGCGACAGGGUCCCCUCCCAAAGAAAGGAGUCCACCUCGGCCCCUUCCCUUCAAGGGCAUCACCGAGUCCCCAGACCCUACAACAAAGUGGCCUCCAGGAGAGAAUGUGACCUAGACAAGCACUGUGGAGUCCUGGACCCCGAGAGGAAGAAAGUCUGCACACGUCUGCUGACCUGCAAUAUUCACUCCAUCCACCAGCGUAGGAAGGUGGUUGGCCGGAGUAAGAACUUUAACCAGCUGGUCGCUGAGCUGAAGACGGGGGCCAGGAUCCGUGAGAGGGGCGGUCCUGUCUCGGAGGGGGGGGGCAGGGGGCGCUCUCCCAGCCCGGAGACACCCAGGGACAGGGACUAUGCAGGAGCCCCACACUGCAGGAGACCCCUUACCAACUGCCCUGCCUUCAGUCGAUCCAGGACAUCUUCAGAGAGCGCCCUGGAGGAAGACAAGCCUAGGCAGGAAGAGAGCGGUGUCCGUGCCCUGUCGCCCCUCACCUACGGACGCAUUUCCAGUGACGAGAGUGACGCAGACGGUUCCGACGAGCUUGCCGAGUAUCCGUCUUCUGCCACGCACCCCAAACCACUGGCGCGUUGCUCUUUUGGCAGUCAUGCACUGGGCCAUGGCGUGUACACCUUCGACCGGAGACUGCACCACCUGCGGUCAGCGCUCAACAACAUGGUGGAGCAACACCUCAGUGGCCAUCUCUGGAAGAAAAUACCUCAAGCCACAGACCUCCAGUCCCACAGCCCCUCGACCAAGACCCUUCCCUCCUCUUCUCCCUCCUCUUCCUGUUUGUCUUCUCUGCAUUCUAAAGUCAGGACAGGAAGUCACAUGAGUUCGUCCCUUAGGACUUCCAUCUCUCUCGGACCAGUGAGGGAACCACGUGGUCAUUUCUCCACCACUACCCUUAGUCAAUCAGAAAACUCUGGUAGUUCUAGUGGCCAGCUUGUGGCCCCCGUGACACCAGCUGUGCGUCAGACAGGUCCUGGAAGGCCCAAGAACCCGGUGGGACGCCCCAGCAAACAGAUGCUCCGCCUCCGAGAGGAGGCCGCCGCCGCUGCAGCCGCCGCGCUCCGCAAGCGCAAGGCGUCAUCGCAGGAAGACGAGCACUCGGGACCCGACAGGAACUGCAUCAUCCCUCAAGACCGAGGCAGGCCCCUUUCUUCGUCGUCCUCGGUGACCCCCAAGGCCGCCGCCCCCUCCACCAUUCCUCACGGCCAGACCAACGGCACGCUCUCCCCCGGGGGAAAGCUCCGCCCCCAGCCCUCCCCCUCGGAAUCUCACUCACCGUCUGCGGCGGCUUGGGCCUUCAAAAGGACACACUCCUCUGCCUCGUCGACUCACUCCUCGCCUCCUGAGGCCACCCCGACUAACUCCCACAGCCGAACAGGGCCGGGAGGAGGGGACUCAGGACUGCACGUGCGGGGGGGAGGCGGUGGCUACGAGCACAGGGGACUGGUCAAAAAACGCAAGGGGGGCAACAACGGUGAGCCCUCGCCCCCUGCCAAGCCCUCGCACCGCCCACCCUCCUCCUCUUCCACCUCUCCACGCUCCAACUUCUACCCCUGGAAAGAUAGUAAAGGGGGGGUGCUGCCCGGAGGGGUGGAGAAGAAACUGGGUACACAGAAGCCAAAAUUGCACCAUUAAGUGUGCCUGCCUUACAAGCCACUAAGGGAGCCAGCUCUGCAUAGUCCCACACCUUGCCUCUGACUGUGGCAACAGGACUGGAGAGAAUGUGUGAGUGUGUGUUUGGUGUCAUGGUUCUCAGAACAACAUUGUGUAUGUAUGCCUUCAGAUGUCUGUUGAAGCCUAUAUGUGAGUGUAUGCGUCUUGUGGAUGUGUGCGCGCAUAUGCGCACAAUCAAUACAGUAUGCGUUCCAGAAUAUGGAGUUCAGUGUCUGAAUCAGAUGUUGGUAUGUGUGUCACUGACUUUGCAAUGGUAUGUGUGAGUGAGUGGGGCGAGAAAGUGGACAAGUGAAUUUUUGUGUAUGCAUUUAGAAAUACCUCAAGACCUUCUGGUUAUGCUGCUAAAUGAAUGUUUGUUUAAAAAAAAAAAAAAAAACGGAUUAAAAGUAUCCUUUACACUUGAAGAUCACUUUUUU